CUCCUCAAUUUUGCGCCAAAUCAGCUAGGCAUGUAAAAAGAUUUUCUGAUGGUAUAGCUGGCACUCUUGUUUCACCAGGAGGACCAUGCUGGGUAUCUAACUUGAGAGACGUUCAAGUGAAGCAGGUGGAAGUCUGCUUCUGAGAGAGAAAAGAUACAAGGGCUUCCUGAGAGUGAUGGUAAAAGUUACCGGAAGUAAUGGGAGCAGAGAGGGUUUGUAUCAAGGCUCCUGAAUUCACGCAGGACGAAGCAGAAAUCUAUUCCUUGACAAACAUGGAGGACAGCAUUGGAAUCAAAGGAUGUGAGUUCAAGUCUUGGCUCUUCAGAGUCUCUCAGGCUUGCUCUCAAAUUCUUUUGUGCGGUGAAGUCAAGAAUCUGUACCUGCUCACCAGCAACAAAACCACAGUGAAGGAGCAGAAUGCCUGUCUGACUCACCCUGACAGAUCCGCUAUGGCAGGUCUGCUGUUGUAGAAAAUUCUCCACCCCAGGGGCUUUCUGUCUCUUGCAGGGAAGGCUCAUGAGCAAAUGCUGUCAUUAGCAACCAUGCAUUGUUGAAGACAUAUAGUGAGAAAAUAUGUCAGGCAUUGUUUCAGUGUACCAAUUUUAGUAGAAAAUCAUGAAGAAUUUUUGAGAUAUUAACUGUAGAUUAAAAUAACCUUUAACCUAAAUCCUGAGAAUUU